AGCCCCGCCAUGGCUCUGUAGCCGCGACCCCUCCGUGCCCCCGGCCCGUCUCCGCACUCACCGCGCCUGCGCUCUCCACUCCCGCCUUCUCUCUUCAGCCGAGGCCGCUGCUGCCUCUCCUUUCCGCCGCCAUGGAGUCCUCCACCUUCACCUUGGUGCCCGUCUUCGCCCAGCUGAGCAACCUCCAGAGCCGCCUCCCAGCUGUUGGUGCAGCCUCCUUCAUUGCCACCCGUGCCCAGCGCCUGUGCUGCAGCCAUGUCACUCCUGGCGACCCUGGGGCUGGAGCUGGACAGGGCCCUGCUCCCAGCUAGCGGGCUGGGCUGGCUCGUCGACUAUGGGAAACUCCCCCUGGCCCCUGCCCCCCUGGGCCCCUAUGAGGUCCUUGGGGGAGCCCUGGAGGGCGGGCUUCCAGGGGGGGGAGAGCCCCUGACAGGUGAUGGCUUCUCGGACUGGAUGACUGAGCGGGUUGACUUUACAGCCCUCCUCCCUUUGGAGCCCCCCUUGCCCUCAGGUGCCCUCCCCCCACCUUCCCCAUCCCCCCCUGACCUGGAAGCCAUGGCCUCCCUCCUCAAGAAGGAGCUGGAGCAGAUGGAAGACUAUUUCCUCGAUGGCCCACUUCUCCCACCGCCCUCCCCACCACCACAGCCGCUGCCGCUGACACCACCGCCACUGCCGCCACCAGCGCCCUCCCUUCCUCUCCCCCUGCCCACCUUCGACCUCCCUCAGCCCCCUGCCCUGGAUACCCUCGACCUGCUGGUCAUGUACUGCCGCAACGAGGCUGGGCAGGGGGAUGCGGCGUUGGCUACCCUUCCCCCAGCACAGCAGCCCCCUCCCCCACCUCCACCCUCUCGCCCGGCCCCCUACCCCAAUCCUGCCACCACUCGAGGGGACCGCAAACAAAAGAAGAGAGACCAGAACAAGUCAGCGGCUCUGAGGUACCGCCAGAGGAAGCGGGCAGAGGGGGAGGCCCUGGAGGGGGAGUGCCAAGGGCUGGAGGCGCGGAACCGCGAGCUGAGGGAGAGGGCCGAGUCCGUGGAGCGGGAGAUCCAGUACGUCAAGGACCUGCUCAUCGAAGUGUACAAGGCUCGGAGCCAGAGGACCCACAGCUGCUAGAUGGGCAGGGCUUGGGGCUGUAGGGGGCGCUGGUUUCACCUCGGUUUCUGGGGCUGAGGUGGGAGGGUCCCUCUGUCAUCCCUCUGCCUCUAGCCUCUUUCCAUCCCCCCAUCUCUCUCCUUUUCUCCUUGUGUCCUUAUCCAUUUCUGAUUUUGCUCCCGUCUUCCCUCCCCAGAAUCAUGACACGUCUGGGCUUAGUCCCUAUCAACACUUCUCAGGUGACAGCUGAGGGACUGGGGCCCCGGGGAGCUCAGGGUCUGUCCAGGGCAGUGAGGCCGGGAAGCUGUGCAGAGUGAGGGCAGAUGAAGAUGGGAGAGCCCUCUGGGGAAAAGGCAGGGAGGGCUUUAAGAUCGACACCCACAUCAUUAAGCAAAAACAGCAAGCCAGGUGACCCUGGGAAAUACACUGGUGCCGGGAGCCCGUUCACAGAGCCAGUGGCUGUGGGGGCAGAUGGGGAGGCCGGCAGGGCGGGUGUGGCCAUAGUUGGUGACUGGGUGUUCAUUUAGCUCUGGGAGGAAAGCAGUGUUUUGUGAAAUUGUUGGGGCGGGGCUCUGUGUAGGUGCGGGAGAGCAGGGAGUGAUCCUUGGGGGGUGGGGGGCGUUGUGGUGGAAAUAAAAUGAAGAAUUUCUUCAGUCUGUGUCUGGUCUUUGAGAGAAGUUGGAGAGAGGCAGUUUAGGCCAAAGACGGGAAUGAUGAUAAUAGAAGUAACAGCCCUGGCCCCGUAGCUCAGUUGGGUAGUGUUAUCCGAUACCCCAAGGUUUCAGUUAGAUCCCUGGUCAGGAUACACACAAGAAUCUACCAUUGAAUGCAUAAGUAAGUGGAACAACAAAUCGAUGUUUCUCUCUCUCAAAAAAAAUCAAAUAAAAAUGUACAAAAAGAGA